AGUGGAAGGUGAAGCAGUUUUUAUUGAUACUGAAGGAAGUUUUAUGGUUGAUAGAGUGGUAGACCUUGCUACUGCCUGCAUUCAGCACCUUCACCUUAUAGCAGGAACACAUAUGGGAGAGGUAAUUGCCCUUCCUUUUUGGCUGCUGCUUUAGCCAGAGCCACAUCAGAUGAAGUCCUCCAGAGUGAUCUUUCUGCACAUUACAUCGCAAAGGAAACAGACUGCACAGAAGGGACUGUGGAGAUUGAAACAAUGAAAUUGGCCCGUUCUGUCUUCAGCAAACUACACGAGAUUUGCUGCAGCUGGGUGAAAGACUUCCCUCUCCGCAGGAGACCCCAGCUUUAUUAUGAGACAUCAAUCCAUGCCAUCAAAAACAUGCGCAGGAAAAUGGAAGACAAACAUGUCUGCAUUCCUGACUUUAAUAUGCUCUUCAACCUAGAGGACCAGGAAGAACAAGCCUACUUUGCAGUGUUUGAUGGCCAUGGGGGAGUGGAUGCUGCCAUUUAUGCCUCCAUCCACCUGCACGUUAAUUUAGUACGCCAGGAGAUGUUCCCCCAUGAUCCUGCUGAGGCCCUGUGCCGGGCCUUCCGGGUCACUGAUGAGCGGUUUGUGCAGAAAGCAGCCAGGGAGAGUUUGAGAUGUGGGACCACAGGCGUGGUGACUUUCAUCAGAGGGAACAUGCUCCAUGUGGCCUGGGUGGGGGACUCCCAGGUCAUGCUUGUGAGAAAAGGCCAAGCUGUUGAGCUAAUGAAGCCACACAAACCGGACAGGGAGGAUGAAAAGCAGCGAAUUGAGGCUCUUGGAGGUUGUGUGGUCUGGUUUGGUGCCUGGAGGGUGAAUGGAAGUCUGUCGGUCUCCAGAGCUAUUGGAGACGCUGAACAUAAGCCAUAUAUCUGUGGGGACGCGGAUUCUGCCUCUACUGUUUUGGAUGGAACCGAAGACUACCUCAUUCUGGCCUGUGAUGGCUUCUAUGACACCGUGAACCCUGACGAGGCAGUGAAAGUUGUGUCUGACCACCUGAAGGAGAAUAAUGGAGACAGUAGCAUGGUUGCCCACAAAUUAGUUGCAUCAGCUCGUGAUGCUGGGUCAAGUGAUAACAUCACUGUUAUUGUGGUAUUCCUGAGGGACAUGAACAAAGCUGUAAAUGUUAGUGAGGAAUCAGAUUGGACAGAGAACUCUUUUCAAGGAGGGCAAGAAGACGGUGGGGAUGAUAAGGAGAAUCAUGGAGAGUGCAAACGCCCUUGGCCUCAGCACCAGUGCUCAGCACCAGCCGAUCUAGGCUAUGAUGGGCGCGUGGAUUCAUUCACUGAUAGAACUAGCCUGAGCCCAGGGUCCCAAAUCAACGUGCUGGAAGACCCAGGCUACCUAGAUCUCACACAAAUAGAAGCAAGCAAACCUUACAGUGCCCAGUUUUUGCCACCAAUUGAGAUGUUUGGUCCUGGUGCACCAAAGAAAGCAAAUCCUAUUAAUGAGCUAAUAAUGGAGAGAAAAUCAGUUCAUUCAUCAUUGCCUGAACAGAGUGGUGCUGGAGAGUUUCCCUCUUUUAAUUUGGGUUCAAUAGGGCAGCAGAUAGACAGAAUGGAGAGCUUGUCUCCUGUCUGUCCUAGGUUGGAAGAUGAACAAUUUAAAUUCCUGGGAAAGAGAGUUUCCAGAUUGUCUCAUUUAAGCUAUCAUUAUUCAAAGAGACGGCACGGAUUCAGGUUUAAUCCAAAGUUGUAUUCAUUUAUGUCUGCUCAAGAGCCUUCCCACAAAAUAGGCACUAGUCUGUCCUCCCUUAUUCGAAGUGGGAAGAGAACUAGGGUGUUCAGAAGUUUUCUGCCGUGGAGGCAAAAUAUUUGGAAAGGAUAUAGUGCAAACAUGAUGAGGAAGCUCAGAAAGAGUAAUGAUAUUCCAGACCCAGGUCUUCCCUGGAGCUAUAAAAUAUAAUACUUCCUCCUUAAAGUAGGCUAGCUAGCUCUCCCCCAAUAAAAACACACUGUCAGAGUAGAAACAAGGUAGACAUUUCUGAAAUAUAUGUGCUUCAUUAUGAAACCAUGGAUGGCUCAAUUCUUAAAUGUAAAUAGAUCUCUAGGAAACUCAAAGUAGUGUUUUCAAUCUAAAAAAAAAAAAAAAGUAUUGGCGGUUUCACUAGCAAAAUUAUAUACAACUGGUCCCUGUGAUGUGUCUCCACACCUACAUACGACCCCCACUUUACUACCCCUUCACAUCACUAGUGGAAGCUUGUGAGUUAGUUAUUUUAGUCCGGAUAUCUAGUGUUGAAAUCUCAAUGCAGGUGAAAUCUGGUUUGAUGUGCCUAAUAUAUCUAUGGAAAACUUAAUGCAGAAUCAGAUUUAGUUGGGGGAUGUUCCUCAAAAGACUGGGGACUAUGAGGAGAAACCCUCCCCUCUUUUUUCGGUUGGUAAAAGACUUAAAAGCCAUAUGGGUUUUAAUUGGUUUCAAUGAAAGUAGAAAACUAGUAUAAAAGUGUCAUAUAAUCAAAAAGAUUUACUGAUUUUUUUUUCCUGUAACAUAAAAGAUAAAAAUUUUCUGAAUUAAAAAGUACUUCCUAGGGCUAUGUAGCUAUUUGGGAGUUUCAUAACCUGUUAUGGUGCUUUUGGUGGGAUUUUUAUUAUUUGUCAUUUUAGAAGACCACUGUCAACUGGUUUUAACCUAUGAUGCUAUGAUGUUUCUCACUGUACCUUCAUCUCAGGAAUAAAACUGGUUUAAUGGAGAUGAUGUUAGGUACAAAUAUACUAAAAUCAAGUUGCCAUUUAAAAAAGAAAAAUCAAAUAGUAUUUGUUUUUUUCUCCCUUAAGUUCACAGACAGCAAAGGCACAUACUACUAGAAAAUAAAAAGUGGCUUCGGAGAAUGAAAAAUACUGGUUUUAACUUCUCUAAAAUUUUUUCCCCCAAGGGAAUGAAAUAACUGGUGUGAAAGAGGUUGAAAGUACUGCCUAAAGUGAGCCCAGAGGCCAAGUGCAAAGGAGAAGGCAGGUAAACGGAGACUGAGGUCUAGUUAGUUAUAAAAGGAGAAAGUGCCACAGUCCUGCCACAUGCCACUGCAGACUGCAGAGAGGA